AAGCCCAAGUCGUCUGGCCACAACGUGAUCGUUGGCCAGUGGACUCCGUUGGUAGCUGACAGGGCUGCGAACAGAGUCUCUGGCUACAGUGUCAUCAUCAAUAUCAUUUAUGGCGGCCUGGAGUGUGGGCGCUGA